AUGGACCGUUGGUUUCACCAACACUUUCGAUGGUACAGACCGCCAAACGUCGACUUUGAUGCAAACAAGGAUCUCCGACCAGACUGGCGGGGUGUAUGCGUAUGGAUGCAAAGCAUAUCCCUGAACAGCCGAUACAAGGCCCGGAAAGACAUCAAUCAAUUCAAGCUUGGCCCACGAGCACACGUUGGAUACUUUGUUGGCUACCACGCCAGCAAUAUCUAUCGCAUCUGGGUCCCCAAGCUCAAUCAGGUUAUCCUGUCCCGAGAUGUACGAUUCAACGAGGAGGAAUUCUUUGAUCCAGAGAAGGAAGAACAGCUCGAGACUGAGGCAAUCGCCGAGUACAAGCCAACGUCACAGGCGCUCGAUCCGCUUCCUCAGCGAGACUGGGACACGCUCUUGGAUGAAUUUCUCUAUGAGUUUGAUCAUCAUAUCUUGGGGUUCGACCUGGAGGGUUCGAACUCGGGGGUGGAAGACGCUAGAGGUGCCAUCUCAGAUGUUAAAGACGCUGGAUCGCAGCUUCUGCAGCCUCUAUCGCAAGACAGACUUCACGCCUCUGAGCGAAUCCCCGGUCCUUCCGACGCCGGAACCAACACCACAGCUGGACAGAAGGGACGCCUCACCAGCUUCCAGGUCAACGGGCUCAAAGAUUUCAACACCAGACCCACCGUUGCAAACAGACCCGAGCUCACCUGCCCAACGUUCUGUGGCUGGUUCAAACAGCGAUCUAACUGA